AUGUCACUCUUUUAUACCAUCCUUCUAUUUACACAAUUUUUAGUGUCUUCAACUAAUGCUUUUGAUGGCUCCGCUAAUACUAAUAUUGCUGUUUACUGGGGCCAAAAUUCAGCAGGCACACAAGAAUCCUUAGCUACUUACUGUCAAUCUUCUGAUGCUGAUAUUUUCCUAUUGUCCUUCUUAAACCAGUUUCCAACACUUGGUUUGAACUUUGCCAACGCAUGCUCUGAUACAUUUUCCGAUGGCUUGCUUCACUGUACUCAAAUUGCCAAAGAUAUCGAAACCUGUCAAUCCCUUGGCAAGAAAGUUCUUUUAUCAUUAGGUGGUGCGUCUGGUAGUUAUUUAUUUUCGGAUGAUUCCCAAGCAGAAGAUUUCGCUCAGACUUUAUGGGAUACUUUUGGCGAAGGUACUGGUKCUAGUGAACGUCCAUUUGACUCUGCCGUUGUUGACGGUUUUGAUUUUGACAUUGAAAACAACAACAAUGUUGGAUACAGUGCUUUAGCUACCAAAUUAAGAACUUUAUUUGCCAAAGGUACUAAGCAGUACUACCUUUCUGCUGCUCCUCAAUGUCCAUAUCCAGAUGCUUCAGUUGGUGACCUGCUAGAGAAUGCCGACAUUGAUUUCGCGUUCAUCCAAUUCUAUAAUAACUACUGUAAUGUCAACGGUCAGUUUAAUUGGGACACCUGGUUAACCUAUGCUCAAACUGUAUCCCCAAAUAAGAACAUAAAGCUGUUCUUGGGCUUACCUGGUUCUUCUUCAGCCGCAGGAUCUGGAUAUAUCUCUGAUACCUCCUUAUUGGAAUCCACCAUUGCCGAAAUCUCAUCUUCAAGUGCAUUCGGUGGUAUUGCAUUAUGGGAUGCAUCUCAAGCUUUUACAAAUCAACUAAAUGGUGAGCCAUAUGUCCAAGUUCUCAAGGAACUGUUGGCAGAUGCUGACUCAACCCCGACCUCUUCUACUACCACUACCUUAAAAUCCACAACUACUUCAAAAUCCACGACUACUUUAAGUUCAACAACUUCUACCUCUCAAAAAAAGACCACCCAAAUUACCACUACCACACAAAGUAAGACUAAAGUAACGCUAUCUCCAACCACUACUAGUACUAUAGAAACUCCAACUACCAGCAGUACAGAGAUAACAUCAUCCACCAUGACAGAGACUACUUCCACGACCACUACGUCAAAGAAUACUCCCGCUAUCACCACAACAAAGAGUCCUUUCACUACUGCUACCACCACUAGCGUAAAAACUACUCUGUCUACUCCAACGACUACCACAAGCACACUUUCUCCAACUACAAGUACACUUUCUCCAACUACAAGUACACUUUCUCCAACUACAAGUACACUCUCUCCAACAACCACAGGCUCAAGCUCAGACAGUGCGGCUCGUACAACCGCUAAACAGUUAAAUGCUCAAUAUGCCGCCGGUCAAUUGAAUGGUAAAUCUACGUGUACUGAGGGCGAGAUUGCAUGCUCUGCUGAUGGAGAGUACGCUGUUUGUGACCACAGCGCCUGGGUUUAUAUGGAAUGUGCUUCAGGAACUACGUGUUAUGCUUUUGACUCAGGUGACUCAGUGUACACGCAAUGUAAUUUCUCCUAUUUGGAAAGUAACUACUUCUAA